AUCUUUGCUGCAGGGUAUUCCUUCUGCAGCUUCCCUGGGCUCUGUUCGGUUUGAUUUUGCAAAGGAGGGCAGUGGACACCUGACUCUUCCCACAGUUUCACUGUGCAGCAGGGGCAGGGCAGGCCCCACACUGCUGCCUGUGCUGGUGCCCCAUGCAGCAGGGUCCAGGGCUGCUGCAGGGGUUCAGUUGCCAGCAUCUCCCCAGGUGGGAGCUGACCCAGCCUCCCCAGAUCUCCCUGCAGCAGCACCCUGGGUGCUGCCAGCUGCUCGGGAGAGGUAUUUAGUUGUUUGUGCGGUGGUUUUCUGGAGGAAUUGGAGGAGGGGAGGUUUGGGCCUCUGAAAAACAGUCAUCAAUAGAGGAAUGGGAAUGGGUUCUCGGGGAAACCCACAGUGGCUCCAGGGACUGCGAGUCAGAAGGGAGAGGGGCCCUCAUUUCUGAUGGAUCACAGCAGGAAAGUGGGAUUGUUGUUCUGUUUGUCUCCACUAAAGCGCAGUUCCACGUGUGAAAUGCAGCAGCUGUUUUGUAAAGUUUCAUCUCCUUUGUCUCCUGCAGUCAUCUUGUUUGUUUUUCUUCCCUUUCUGUCUGGCUCUGCCUGUUCUCUCCUUUAAGAGACUGACUUUCCUCUGGCAGGGUUUGCCUUUUCUGGCCUUUGCAUCUUUCAAGUGUUUCUCUUCCCUUUAGUUGUACCUUGUGAGCUUUUCUCCUUCCUCUGCUCUUAGCAGCUCAGCCCUGGCUCUGCAGCUCUUUGCCUGCUCUCUGGGGAUGGUGACAGUGUAGAAGACCCUUGACCCAUGGAGUCAAAGUCUUCUACCAGAAGAGCUGCAAACUGGUGCUGUUUUUGUGCUGCCCUGAGGAGAAUCCACUGACUGGGGUCAGCUGGUGCUUAGCCACAUUGGCUUGUGGUAGCACCAAGUGUCCUGUGAGUCUCAGCACUGACUAGGUCAGCUGAUGGCAACAAGGAACACAUGUGGAAGCCAGGAACUGAUUUCACAACAAUGAGAUGCCUCACCCACCCACCGCUCAGGAGAUUGUUCGGUCUCUCACUUCAGUGCGUGCCAGGGGGAUUGAGUCAAAGUAAAAGUCCUAUCAUCAGUCCAAAGUGGUCAUCUCUGAGGCAGAGCUGCGGUGCAAGACUUGGGCUCGUGACUGCCACUGAUGUGGUCAACUACUGGCAGAAGGUGUUUGAGACAAAUGGGAUCCCUGAAGCACGAGAGUCCAGUGAAUGUAUCGUGUCAUUUGUCCUGGGAGCAAAAACAUUUCAGAGCUUGAACUCCAAAAGCCUCCAUGCUCCGCUUACAGCAGUGCAGCAGGAGCAAAUCCAGCAGCUGAGCAGCAAGCGACUAGAAAGAAUGCCGGUGCAGUAUGUGCUGGGUGAGUGGGACUUUCAGGACCUGACUCUGAAGAUGAAACCACCAGUAUUUAUUCCUCGGCCUGAAACAGAGGAUCUCGUCUCUUUAAUUGUGGAGGAAGAAUCUCGGAAACGUGAGAAGAAUUCAGGCCUCUGCUUCCCAGUUCCUGUCCCUCAUCCUGUGAUCCUGGAGAUUGGCUGUGGCUCUGGAGCAAUUGCUCUGAGUCUGUUGUGCAAACUGCCACAGAGCCGGGUGAUAGCCAUAGAUAAAGAGGAGGCUGCUGUGGAUCUCACCAGGGAGAAUGCACAAAGGCUGCAACUCCAGGAGAGGAUCCACAUCCUCCACCAUGAUGUUUCAUACAGUUCUGCUAAGCAGCUGCUAGUCUGGGGCCCCAUAGACUUCAUAGUCAGUAACCCCCCAUAUGUCUUCCAUGAAGAUAUGGCUUCCUUGGAUGCAGAAAUCCUCUGCUAUGAGGACCUUGAUGCCCUGGAUGGGGGAGAUGAUGGGAUGAGAGUCAUCAAAACAAUUCUGGCUCUGGCUCCUUCUCUUCUGAAGGAUUCUGGGAGUGUGUUUCUGGAAGUUGAUCCCAGACACCCAAAUAUGGUGGAGAAAUGGCUACAGGCACACCCCAAUUUACUACUUAUCCUCCGUGCCAUUCACAAGGACUUCUGUGGCAAGCCUAGGUUUCUGCACAUCCAAAAACAAAGCAGAUGACAACUGUACCAGAAAUAAUUCUUCUUGUAGUAUGCUUUUUGCUGGUGAGCCCUGGUGAACAGGUUGUUGAAAACUCUGCGUGGCAAAAGGAAUCUCCACUUAAUUCCCCAGUGCAUUGAACUCUCCAUGCAGUAGCAGACCCCCUCGUUUCUUGAUACAGACAUCAUCCAGAGAUGCAGAACUUCAGCAGAGCGUGUAGAAGUGUUUCACCUUCCUUGGGGAACUGCAUGCAAAUUUGCUCUGCUAAAGUGACUCAUUAAUCUCAGGACCCAAUAUGGAAGAGUUCACAGCUCCAGAUAUUUCAUUAAAAAUACAGCUUCUCAACAUGCCAGAUCACCCAUUUGACCUAGAAAGAAUUUCACUUUUUUUUUUUUUUUUUGUCUUGAGAUAAAUUUCUAUAGAAUGUGACCAGACUGGAUGGUAGGUCCAAACUCUGGCUUAUAUUGGCAUAUGGAUUUGCAGGUAUGAUGGGACAUGACUAACCUCCACAUUUCAAAUUCAGUUCUAUUCCAGGAUUCUGAUGCUCUGGAGUAGAUUUCCAACAGCAGAGCAGCCUUUGUUUCUCAGUCCUGCUGAGUGACAUGUUGUUGAAGGAUCAUUGCACAUGUUACACCAUCUGAAUCUACAGCACCUGACACUUGGUGGAUGCUGCCAGAAACAAUCAAAACAUUGUAAUAAAGAUAGUGCUUCAGAUCAGUAUCCUUACAGGAACUGCUGCGCAAUUACAUUUUCAAACAUGCUAGCAGACCUGAAUAAACAUCUGGCACCCGCACAUUGCUUCUGAUAGUAAUAGAAAUGUCUAACUUCCAUGUAAGGCAUUUAAAUGCAAGACUUCACAGAGAAGGCCAGAAUCGCUACUCUGGUUUUGCAGAUGGAGAAGUUGAAAAACAAGAGGUGAAAUGACUUGUACAAAAUUUGACAAGCUAAGUUUGGAGUAGGACCCAGUCUCUUGACAGCCGUGGGAAUAGCUGAGGUCUGCUUCUUUGGGAAGGAUGACUCAGAGUAGGGCUGCCUGAAACAAGACUGAGAGAAGUCCCUGAAAUGGACAGUCAACAUCAUGACAUUAUAAAUAACAGCAGGAUUAAAUUCAAGCUGCUGCAAGUUCCCUUCCUGACCAUAGCUAGCCAGGGAAGGAAGGAAAGCAAGCAAAUGAAAGGAUCUGGUAUACCAGUCUGAAUGGAAGCAGUUGCUGGGCCAGCGGAGGUGAGCACUCAGUAGGGGUGGAAGUGUCUAGGCAGUCUCUGCAGUCUGUGUGCACCAGGGAGGUGCUGUCAGGCUCUCUGUCUGGGCUGCACUGGGAGUGCAUAGCCAGAAACACUGAGGUAGGAGUUGCAUCAGCAAACUGCAUCUGUUUGGAAGGCUGCAGCAGAUUCAGAGGGCUUUACAUGAGCACUAAUGCAUCUAGUCCCUUUCCCCACUCCCACUCCCCACUCUUUCAUUUGUUCUUUAACUCUUGAACAUCGGUCCUGCUUUUCCACAGAUACCUGAGCUAUCUCUGAUGUACCAGCGCUUGGGUCUCCACAUGGAUCCUUUCCCCACCCUCAGGGCUUAUACAGCUCUGUUCACAGACUGGCCUUUCACCCCAUCAUAUCACUCACAUUUAUCCUCCCCACUGCUCUGUGCACCCCAGUAGUUUGCCAUGUCCCAUACACUCUUCACUUGAAGUUAUGAGCCUUCUCUGGACUGCAGUACCUGCCCUGGUUAAACACAGUAGAAGAAAUCUAGGGAAGGAGAGAACUAAAAAAGUUCAAUUGAAGUGCACUUGAUCCUAAGUUUGGAAAUAAAGUUCCAGCACAGCUGAUUUCUGGCAGUUUUGCCUGCUAGAGCCGUGAGUACAAAUUGUAGUCAGAGGUGUUAGUUUGUUUGGUUUGUUGUUUUUUCUUUAAAUAGUAGUUUAGGGUCUUCUUUUUAAGUUCGGUUUGUCAGACUUUGUUUAAAAAUUAAAGAAAUGAGUUCACAGAUUUCA